CAGUCGGACUCGUUUGCUGUGUAUAGAUUUAUUUUUACUUUUCUAGGUACGUAAUUAUCUAUGUUUACAUGUGUAUAUAUCUAUAUCUAUGUGCAUGCAUGUGGUGAACAGACAAGAACCGAAAGUCCAGACGGAGUGUAAUAGCAAUUCUCUCUCUCUCUCUCACCAUGAAGUACGUGAAGCUAUUUUACCAUAACCUCAUUACACACUUCUUCAAGCUCUGCUUGGUCCCUUCAAUGGCGGUUUUAGCCAUGAAGGCGUCUAGGCUUAGCCCUGAAGAUCUCCACAACUUCAGCCUGCAUUUUCAUAACCACCCCGUUAUCGUGACCGUCAUCUUCCCCGCUAUCGUUUUCGGGUCGACCCUUUACUUCAUGACCCGACCCGCACCCGUUUACCUCGUCGACUUCUCGUGUUAUCUCCCUCCGUCCCAUCUCAAAGUCAGUAUCGAGAAGAUCAUGGAUCACAUUAAACAAACGCGAGACGCUCAUGAAUCUUGGAACGACAACCUCAAGGACGAAUCUUGGGUUGAUUUCCUGCGCAAGAUUCUCGAACGUUCCGGCAUCGGCAACGAGACCUACGUCCCAGAGGCUUUGCAUUGCAUUCCGCCCCGACAAUCUAUGGCGGCGGCUCGAGCCGAGACAGAGCAGGUUAUAUUCGGUGCACUCGACAAUCUCUUCGCGAAUACGAAGGUUAACCCUCGUGAUAUCGGAAUAUUGGUCGUGAACUCAAGCACGUUCAACCCGACUCCAUCGCUAUCCGCCAUGGUAGUGAACAAGUACAAGCUGAGGAGCAAUAUAAGGAGUUACAAUCUUGGAGGAAUGGGUUGCAGUGCUGGUGUAAUCGCCAUUGAUCUUGCCAAGGACUUGUUGCGAGUUCAUAGGAACACUUAUGCGGUUGUGGUCAGUACGGAGAACAUCACUCAGAACAUGUACACCGGUAAUAACAAGUCCAUGAUGGUUACCAACUGCUUGUUCCGUGUCGGGGGAGCUGCUGUCUUGCUCUCCAACAAACUGGGAGACCGUACACGUUCCAAGUACAAGCUAGUUCACACUGUCCGAACCCAUACCGGAGCUGACGACAAAGCUUUCAGAUGCGCUUACCAAGAAGAAGACGACAGCGGCCGGACCGGAGUUUCUCUCUCUAAGGACUUACCCGCUGUUGCCGGCAAAACCCUAACGACAAAUAUCGCUAAGCUCAGUCCACUCGUCCUCCCCAUGAGCGAGAAGCUUCUCUUCUUAGCCGCUUUCACCGCCAAGAAACUGUUCAAAGCCAAGAUCAAGAAUUACAUGCCGGAUUUCAAGCUCGCGUUCGAGCAUUUCUGUAUACACGCAGGCGGUCGGGCCCUGAUCGAUGAGCUCGAGAAGAACAUGCGGCUUUUGCCGAUAGAUGUCGAGGCCUCCAGAAUGACGUUGCACCGGUUCGGCAACACAUCGUCGAGCUCGGUCUGGUACGAGCUGGCUUACAUAGAGGCUAAGGGCAGGAUGAAGAAAGGGGACAGGAUUUGGCAGAUCGCAUUAGGGUCGGGGUUCAAGUGCAACAGCGCGGUCUGGGUGGCUUUGAACAAUGUCAAGUCCUCGGCCAAGAACCCUUGGGAAGAUAGCUUGCACAAAUAUCCUGUCAAGAUCGAUCUUUGAUUCUUCCAAACGACAAAACUUAGAUUUGUUUUUCUUUUAAUUAAUCAUUAUUAUUAAAAGGGUUUAAUCCUAUUUAUCCGAAUAUGCCAUAUUUGUUGUCUCUUUGUUUGUUUCCUUGUGGCAAUUUAGUUGGGGGGGUUUCGCAUGUUUUGUUAUUUAAUCAAAUAUCUUAUUGUUGGCUAUGAAUCA